AUGCAGAAGAGCGUGCGGUACAACGAGGGGCACGCCCUGUACCUGGCGCUGCUGGCCCGCAAGGAAGGCACCAAGCGGGGCUACCUGAGCAAGAAGACGGCGGAGACCAACCGCUGGCAUGAGAAGUGGUUCGCCCUCUACCAAAACGUGCUCUUCUACUUCGAGGGCGAGCAGAGCGCCCGCCCUGCCGGCAUGUACAUGCUGGAGGGUUGCAACUGCGAGAGAGUGCCUGCUCCCAAGGUUUGCGCCUCCAGCAGCUCCAAGGAUGCUGCGCUGGACAAGCAGCAUUACUUUACCGUUCUUUUUGGCCAUGAAGGGCAGAAGCCACUGGAACUCCGUUGUGAUGAUGAAGCAGAUGGUGAUGAAUGGGUAGAAGCUAUUCACCAAGCGAGUUACUCAGAUAUUCUGAUAGAGCGGGAGGUGUUAAUGCAGAAGUACAUUCAUCUUGUCCAGAUUGUAGAGACUGAAAAGAUUGCAGCCAACCAGCUUCGACAUCAGCUUGAAGAUCAAGACACAGAAAUUGAAAGACUUAAAUCUGAGAUUGUGGCUCUCAAUAAAACAAAAGAAAGAAUGAGGCCCUAUCAAGGCAAUCAGGAAGAUGAGGAUCCAGAUAUUAAAAAAAUUAAAAAGGUCCAGAGCUUUAUGCGAGGCUGGUUAUGUAGAAGAAAAUGGAAAACUAUUGUCCAAGAUUAUAUUUGUUCUCCCCAUGCAGAAAGUAUGAGAAAAAGAAAUCAGAUUGUUUUUAACAUGGUGGAGGCUGAAUCUGAAUAUGUGCAUCAACUUUAUGUUCUUGUGAACUGCUUUCUGCGUCCCUUAAGGAUGGCUGCAAGUUCAAAGAAGCCACCUAUCAGUCAUGAUGAUGUUAGCAGCAUUUUCCUCAACAGUGAAACAAUCAUGUUUCUUCAUGAGAUAUUUCACCAGGGCUUAAAAGCAAGAAUAGCUAACUGGCCUACUUUAAUCCUAGCUGACUUAUUUGACAUUCUGCUGCCAAUGCUGAACAUAUAUCAAGAAUUUGUUCGGAAUCAUCAAUAUAGUCUACAAGUACUGGCAAACUGUAAGCAAAACAGAGAUUUUGACAAACUCUUGAAGCAGUAUGAAGCCAACCCAGCAUGUGAGGGGCGAAUGCUGGAAACUUUCCUUACUUACCCCAUGUUUCAGAUUCCGAGAUAUAUUAUAACACUUCAUGAACUUCUGGCUCACACACCACAUGAACAUGUUGAGCGAAAAAGCCUGGAAUUUGCUAAAUCUAAACUAGAAGAACUUUCAAGGGUGAUGCACGAUGAAGUGAGUGAUACAGAAAACAUCCGGAAGAAUCUAGCCAUAGAAAGAACAAUAGUAGAAGGCUGUGAUAUAUUACUAGAUACCAGCCAAACUUUUAUACGCCAAGGUUCCCUUAUUCAAGUCCCUUCAGUUGAGAGGGGAAAACUCAGUAAAGUGCGCCUGGGAUCAUUAUCUUUGAAGAAAGAAGGAGAAAGGCAGUGCUUCUUAUUUACAAAACAUUUUUUGAUUUGUACAAGAAGUUCAGGAGGAAAACUGCAUCUUCUGAAGACAGGAGGUGUUCUGUCUUUAAUGGAGUGCACACUGGUUGAGGAGGCAGACACAAGUGACGAUGAUUCAAAAGGUUCUGGACAAGUGUUUGGACACCUUGAUUUCAAGCUUGUAGUUGAACCUGCAGAUGGUCCUCCUUUUACUAUUGUCCUUUUAGCCCCAUCACGACAGGAGAAAGCUGCAUGGACAAGUGAUAUAAGUCAGUGCAUUGAUAAUAUAAGGUGCAAUGGUUUAAUGACAAUAGUGUUUGAAGAAAACUCCAAAGUCACAGUGCCACAUAUGAUCAAAUCUGAUGCUCGUCUUCAUAGAGAUGACAUUGAUAUCUGCUUCAGCAAAACACUGAAUUCCUGCAAAGUACCCCAGAUACGUUACGCGAGUGUCGACCGCCUUCUGGAGCGGCUGACAGACCUGAGAUUUUUAAGUAUUGAUUUCCUGAAUACUUUCCUACACACUUACCGCAUAUUUACUACAGCAGCUGUCGUGCUGGAGAAGCUUUCAGACAUAUACAGACGGCCCUUCACAUCCAUUCCUGUCAGGUCUUUGGAGUUGUUCUUUGCUACCAGUCAAAACAACAGAGGAGAAUACCUGGGUGAUGGGAAGUCACCACAUCUCUGCCGCAAGUUUUCUUCUCCUCCUCCACUGUCACUCUCCAGAACUUCUUCACCUGUCAGAACACGAAAACUCUCACUGACCUCACCACUCAAUUCCAGGAUUGGUGCCCUUGACCUCUCUGCUUCGUCUGUGGCAAGCAGUCCUACCUCGUCCUACAGCCCAGCUACCUCCCCACCACCAACAGGUAGCAAAGUACCACUGGACCUUAGCAGAGGGCUCUCCUCUCCUGAGCAAAGCCCUGGCUCCAUAGAGGAAAGCUUGGAGAACCCUCGUGUUGACCUCUGUAACAAGCUGAGGAGAAGCAUUCGAAGAGUAGUUCUUGAUUCUGUGUCAGUGGACCGUACUAUUCCUGAAAGCAGCUCAACAGUGGAUACUACAGAGCUUUCCCCAUGCAGAUCCCCUUCAACUCCACGGCACCUCCGCUAUCGUCAGCCAGGGGUACAAGCUGCUGACAACAGCCACUGUUCAGUUUCUCCUGCUUCUGCUUUUGCUAUUGCUACAGCUGCAGCAGGGCAUGGGAGCCCAACAGGAUUCAACAGCUCUGAACGCAUGUGUGACAAAGAGUUCAUAAUACGCCGAGCUGCCACAAAUCGUGUCCUCAAUGUCCUGCGCCACUGGGUCUCCAAGCAUUCCCAGGAUUUCGAGCUGAACAAUGAGCUAAAAAUGAAUGUGUUAAAUUUGCUGGAAGAAGUCCUGAGAGAUCCUGACCUUCUGCCACAAGAAAGGAAAGCUACUGCAAAUAUACUGAGAGCUCUUUCUCAGGAUGAUCAAGACGAUACCCAUUUAAAAAUAGAGGAUAUAAUUCAGAUGUCCGAUUGUCCAAAACCAGAGUGUUUUGAGACUUUGUCGGCCAUGGAGCUUGCAGAGCAAAUAACCCUUUUAGAUCACGUAGUUUUCCGAAGCAUACCCUAUGAAGAGUUUCUAGGGCAAGGCUGGAUGAAAGUGGAUAAAAAUGAGAGAACACCCAAUAUUAUGAAAACCAGUCAGCAUUUUAACGACAUGAGUAACCUUGUUGCCUCCCAAAUCAUGAAUUAUGCUGAUGUCAGCUCUCGGGCUAACUCGAUUGAGAAGUGGGUAGCAGUAGCUGACAUUUGUCGAUGUCUGCACAAUUAUAAUGGUGUGUUAGAAAUUACAUCAGCCUUGAACAGAAGUGCAAUCUACCGACUUAAAAAAACUUGGAGUAAAGUAUCCAAACAGACAAAAGCUCUCAUGGACAAGCUUCAGAAGACUGUCUCGUCUGAAGGAAGAUUUAAAAACCUUAGAGAAACACUCAAAAAUUGUAACCCACCUGCUGUUCCCUACCUUGGAAUGUACCUCACGGACCUGGCAUUCAUUGAAGAAGGAACACCAAACUUCACUGACGAUGGCCUUGUCAACUUUUCCAAAAUGAGAAUGAUCUCACAUAUUAUCAGGGAGAUUCGCCAGUUCCAGCAGACCUUCUACCGCAUCGAACAUCAGCAGAAGGUCACUCACUAUUUACUUGACAAGACACUUAUCAUAGAUGAAGAUACCUUGUAUGAGCUCUCCCUCAAGAUUGAACCCAGACUCCCUGCCUGAAGAGCCGGCUUUGCCUCAGAGUCUACAAAAAGCUUUAGUACCAUGAACAAAGUACAAUGACAUUUUAAGGGGGCAGAUUUAAAUGGUGGUAAUAUACUCAGGUAUAUUAUGAUGAAUGAGCUAAAUGAGAUGGCAGUGAUGUGAUCUGUGUUGAUGACUAACUACAUGUUCACUGAGGCAGUAACAGUAGUGGUGUCUUCAUAUCAAGCUAACUUUGUAGAGCUUAACAUUCAUCUGCUGUCUUGGAGUGACAUUAAGGUAGUGUCCAGCAUCUUCAGCUCUGCAGUUGUGCAAAAUACCUGCUACGCACUUAAUGCUACCCUUUAUAAAAUGUUAACUCCUUUAAA